AUGGCAUCUGCCUCUGAUAUCCAAGCGAUUAUAGCUGCCGCAUUAGAACAACAAUCGAAAAAUUUAGAAGCUCAACUUGCAACCCGGGAUGAAGCCAUUGCAAAGCUCAUGGCAAAGGCCAGCUUGAUUGAUGAUUCCCCAAAAUCCUCAAAAACCAAAUCAAACACGCCAAAACCUGGAGGAUCAUCAAAAUCGAACUCCACUCCAAUCAACAAAGGAAAGGCAAGCACCGCUCAAGGACUUGGAACAUCAAAAUCAGCCACACCGAAAAAAUCCAAUCACCCCUCCCCUCGCAAUACCCCUUCUAGUCAGCAAAGAACUCCAUCUAGUCAGCAAAAGACCCCAUCUAGUCAUCAGAAGAGCCCUUCUAAUCAACGAAAGCGCAGUGUGACUCCAAAAACCAAAUCUCCUCCAGCCAACCCGCUCCAGAUGAUUACCAAGAACAUGCCAGAAUCUUUUUCUCAAACCAGAGAUGCGCUCUACGCCCACAUCAAGAUCAUAUGGAAUCUUUUGGAGCAAAAGACCAUCCCAGGCCCGCCACCUUCAGAUUCCCUCAGAGAAUUCAACUCUUGCUUUUCGGAUGCCAACGAAAUCGAACAGACAGCCAAAAAUACCAAUGCCCCUUCCCUGAUCCCUGUCAAAGACAUCCAGAACCUCAAAUCUUUGAAACUUGGCCGAAGAAAGGUCGGAAAAGGCCUGGUCCACCUGGAAGACUUCUUUGUGGAGUAUACUCAGGCCACUCUAGCCCGCCUUGGACUGCGUAUUUGGGCCCCAGACCUCGAAGACUCGCCUGACUCGCUGUAUAACGAAGCAUGUAGACAAGCUGCCCUGAAAACUUUCCGUCAAGCUGCUUGCAGUGAUGCAUAUGCAUACAUGAACAUCAACAAAAACCACGCCAAAAACUUGCAACUCCUGAUCCCAACGUACAACCACUAUGUACACUUUCUGCAAAAGAAUCGAUACGAAAGGGAAAAAAAAGAAGUUGGGAAGUUUCGCGCUGACGAAGAACGGAAAGUGAUUGGUCGGGCCCGGGAUCGACUUCGAGAUGCCCGGCUGAAAUUUGCGCUUGGUCAGAAACUUCCGAAACGCUAUCAGAAUAUAAUUGCGGAUGUCAAUUCCCACAGUGACGAUGAAUACGACGCAAGAAAUGCGGUCUACAUAAUCAAGACUUUGAAGUUCCGAUCGGCAAAUGCUACAAAGUUUUUUCGCCGACUUGAUGCAGCUAUGUUGCAAGCUGAUGAGCUCGAUCGAAAGCGUGUACAGAGACGCAAGCGAGUGGUGCCACCAACAGUACGAGAAUCAAUCUUUCCAAGACCACCAAAGGGAUUGCCACUCGAUUUUUAUGAUCCGACCUGGUUCAACAACCUCCUGACUCAGCAAAGGAUAGAGGUUGCCGAUACCCGCCAGGUGGCUUUUUUACCGGAUGCUGCUCAAUCACUCAUGGGGAAACAAAUCCCAUCCGAAAAGCUAACCGACAAACAGUUCACUUCAAAGUUCUUCGAUACGCUUGCUGCGCCUUACGAUCUGACUCACGAGAUAGAAAACGAGGAUGACGAUGAAAACGAGACGGAAGAAGAGGACAAUGGAAGUUAUGCUGGCGAAGAGAUUGAUUUGAACGAUACAUCUGGGGGAGAUGACGAUGAUGAAGAGGAUGUUGGCGAAGAAGACCGCGACUUUGUUGAUGAAGACAUGUAA